AUGAGAUAAUGUAGUAAAAGUGAGCAAAAGACUUAAUAUUUCAGUUGAAAGAAUUGAAAUUUUGCAGCUGCUAUGUACCUACCUGUGUUGAUUCCAGUCGAUCAAUUGCCAGUUUUAUCUCAGCCUCCUUCAGGUUCUACUCGUGAUUCUUCCCACUUACUCACCGAUAAGUGUGAUGACCACGGAGUUCUUAUCAUUUUUUUAUCAGCUGCGGUAUCUUUCCUUCUACUAGUAUUGAUUUAUUUUGUUUUCCUAAUUUACACAAAGCAUAAAUCAAAACAUGUGGUUCUCGAGGGAUCGAGCUUUGAAUCGAUGUUUCCAAGUCAUCGGAAGAAACGUGAUAAAGUCGAAAAUUUGAGGCCAAGAACUCCAAAAGGAAAGAGAUUAGUCGAAGCCUCAUAUUGUUUUGGUAAGCUGGUUUUGUAUAAGAAGAGUAAAAUUAUAGUAGCAACCAUGGAUUUGAGUGAGGAUUGCAGGAUAGGGGGGUCAGUUUACAAAGCCACAAUUGAUGGGAAAUAUUUUCCGGUUAAGCAGCGUAGAGGACAUAUCACAAAGGAGAUCAACAAUGCGAAUUCGGUGAAGCUCGCAGGCCGCCGGAGUAAGUGUACAAAGUAUUCCUGCGGGAGUACGGAUUGAAGUUUGUCCCUACCAGCGCGAUUACAAAGUCACAACUCAC